AUGAGAAGGAAGCUAAGAAAUGGAAAGGUGGCCCGCGCUGGGAUAUGCCCAGGCGCGGGCGAAAUCGCUGGAGCGCUGAGGCAGUCGCGCGCGGCUAAGUCCCCACUGCAAGGGCGGGCUAGCGGCGCGCGCCCGAAAACCGCCGGCGCCGGCGCGCUGAGGCACUCGCGCGCGCCUAAGUCCCCACCACAGGGGCCAGGCUAGCAGGCGCGCGCAACGACCGAGGCGCCCCUGUCGAGCUGAGAGUGGACUCUUCACACAAGGCAACACCGAACUUCGCCUGGCAGGGCGACCGCACCAACGCCUCGGCGCUUCACCCGUUCGGCUGCACGGCUUGGCUCACAGUCGCGCCUGAACUUCGCUCGAAACUCGACCCGAAAGCGGUUCGCGUUCUCUUCACCGGCUAUGACCUGGCUUCUAAAGCCUUCCGUUUCUACGACACGACGACCAAGAAGAUCAGUUUGGGCAGAAAUGCCAGGUUCCUCGACAACGAAUUUCCCGGGUUACGUAGCGACUCCACCGAGCAAGACGCCGACACGCACUUCGCCAGCGCUUGCCCGACCACCGAAUCCCAAGCCGUUGUCAAGACAUGGACCCCACUAGUAAGGUCGGCGCACAUGGACGUCUCAUCCUCUCUUGAUGACUCUGCCAUGAGCGCCGUUGACGUGGCCCCAGGGUACACUGGCGGAACCUUACUUAAUUCCACAGAUGCCGAAUCGUCCUCGUCACCGUCUCCUGAGCCGUCCUCGUCACCGUCGCCCGCAACCCCCUUGUCACCGUCGCCUGCGCUGUCACCGUCGUUGGCUGCGUCAUCGUCACCCUCGGCCUUACCGACCGACUCUGACUACUCCGCCGACCCUCUGGACCUCAUCGGCUCACAGACCCCGACUCGCCUCGGCCCACCGGACGUGCACCGCCCAGACUUCAGCACGUACCGUGAGCCCGCAUCGGCUGAGGAGUCGCCCGACGAACUCGACAUCAUUGGGCGCCACUCGCGCGAUGAAUCGCCGGACGAAAUCGAUUUCCUCACCCAACACCACCGCGCCUUCAUCGCCACCGACGACGACAACUCUGACACAGAAGCCAUUCAACCAGUCAAGUCCAUCACCAGCGACCCACAGACAUGGCGCGAGGCAAUGUCGAGUGACAAGCGCGAAGUGUGGGCCAAGGCCGCUACCGACGAGUUCAAUUCCAUGCGCGACGACUUCAAGGUCUUCACCAUCGAGGACCGAUCCACGGUACCAGCGGGUGCGACCAUCGUCACAUCCAAGUUCGUCUGGAAAACGAAACGGAAUGCACUCGGCGAAGUCACCGGCCACAAGGCACGGCUCGUGGCGCAGGGAAAUCGGCAACGCGACGGCAUCGACUUCAACGAAACCUUCGCACCAGUCGCACGCUUCUCCUCGAUACGCUCACUCCUCGCGCUGGCGGCCGCCAACGGCUUGCACGUGCACCAGGCGGACAUCGACAAAGCCUAUCUGCAUGGCGACCUUGACCAUGACAUCUGGAUGACGACACCGCGCGGCUUCGACCUUCCCACCGACAAGGUGCUUCGUCUGCGACGCUCCAUCUACGGACUCAAACAGGCUGGCCGAAUCUGGAAUCGACACAUCGACGCAUCGCUUCGAGAUCUCGGCUAUACGGCGACGGGCACCGACCACUGCGUGUACUCUCGGAUCGACGAUCGGCGACGCCCACACUACAUCGCGCUGUACGUCGACGACCUCCUGAUGAUCAGCCCCGACUUGGCCGAAAUUGAACGUGUCAUCUCGGGCCUCGAACAACGCUACGGCGUCAAGCGCCUCGGCCCGGCAGAGUACAUCCUCGGCAUGCAGAUCAGGCGACUCGAAGACGGUUCUAUUGCCCUGUCCCAGGAACGGUACAUCAUGGACGUGCUUGCUCGGUUCCACUUCGACACCACGACUCGCGGCACUACAGUCCCGAUGACCCCCGGCCUUUCGCUCACCGCCAUCCCGGGUCAAGGCACCGAACGGAUCAGGUCAUGGUAUCUGCAGGCUAUCGGCUCGCUCCUCUACAUUUCGCUCGGCACCCGCCCCGACAUCGCCUUCGCCGUGUCCUACCUGGCCCGCUUCGCCAACAACCCUGGACGUCGUCACUGGAUCGCGGUCAAGCACAUCCUCCGCUAUCUCCGGGCCACAUAUCGCGACGAACUGGUUUAUGCUUGCGGCGAGACACGCAUCACGGGCGUGGUUGGCUACUCCGACGCGAACUGGGGGGCCUGCGUCGAUACGUCGGUGUCCACUAUGGGCUACGUCUUCUACAUUGCCGGAUCCGCCGUGUCUUGGUCGUCCAAGCGUCAAUCUCGAGUUGCCGAUUCUACCACCGACGCUGAAUACCUCGCCCUCUCGCAUGCUGGCAAGGAAGGGAUCUACCUCAGUCAGCUGCUCGAGGAGCUCCAUGUCCAACCUGUUGCACCGGCUCACAUUUUUACUGACAAUGAAGCCGCUGCCGCAGUUGCCCACGACCCUGUCCGCGUCUCCGGCACUCGACACAUACGCUUGCGCGAGCACUUUGUUCGGGACAUGGUGAAUCGGGGCGAUAUCUCACUCUCGCAUGUGGGAACCAGCAACAUGGUGGCCGACAUCUUCACAAAGGCUCUUGGCCCAAAGAUUUUCUCGACACACUGCUACGCACUAGGCCUUCGCACUCGACACCCACGGCUUGGAUCUGCCUCGCAUUCGCGUGGGGGGGGGUGUGAAGAGUCCACUCUCAGCUCGACAGGGGCGCCUCGGUCGUUGCGCGCGCCUGCUAGCCUGGCCCCUGUGGUGGGGACUUAG